UUAAAAGGAUCAGGCUGCAGCAACAUUUCCUCUAAGAGUCACCAUGAAGCUGCAACAGGACCUUUGCGUUUGUGUGCUGCUCGCUCUUUGUUUGACAUGGAGUGUAAAUGGGGGUAAAAUUUUAGUGUGGCACACGGAGGCCAGCCACUGGAUUAACAUUAAGCCUGUGCUGGACACACUAGUCGACAGAGGACACCAGGUGACGGUCCUCAUACCAAGUGCAUCAUUGUUCAUGGACAGCAAGUCUUCAAGUUUUCAUUACGAACCCUUCAACGUGUCAGUCUCCAUGGAGGAGAUGGAGAAAUAUCUUGACAAAAUCCUAUACUUUUCCAUGUAUGAAAUGGAUCAAAUGAAUUACUUGCAGUUGUACAUCAAAUCCAUGUAUAUGAUGAGGCAUGAUAUGCAGUAUACCUUGAAGUAUUUGGAUGGAAUUAUGAAAUCAGAACCCAUUAUAAAGAAGCUGAAGGAAGAAAAGUAUGACCUUCUUUUGGCUGACCCCAUUUUCCCCGGCAGUGAGUUAUUAGCAGAUAUUUUGGGCACCCCUUUGGUUUUUACUUUGCGCUUUUCCUUGGUCAAUAACUGGGAGAGGCACUGUGGCCAGUUACCCGCUCCACCUUCUUUUGUCCCCGGUGAUAUGAGCAAACUAACCGACAAGAUGGAUUUCUCAGAGAGAGUGUGGAACACUUUAUUCUAUUUAAUUAAUGACCUGGUGUUAUAUGAUGUUUCUUGGAAAGAAUUAGAUAAAUAUUACUCCGAAGUCAAAGGGACACCCACCAGUGCCUGUGAGUUGAUGGGUAAAGCAGACAUCUGGUUGAUGCGAACCUACUGGGACUUUAAUUUCCCUCAUCCCAUCCUCCCUAACUUCAAAUAUGUUGGUGGAAUCCAUUGCAAACCUGCUAAACCUUUGCCAGAGUACAUGGAAGAAUUUGUGCAGAGUUCAGGAGACGCUGGCAUCGUGAUCUUCACUUUGGGAUCUAUGAUCAAGAACAUCACCAAAGAGAAAGGAAACAUGAUUGCCUCAGCCCUUGCUCAGAUCCCACAAAAGGUGCUGUGGAGAUACAAAGGAGAAAAACCAGAGACUCUGGGUGCCAACACUAGAAUAUAUGACUGGAUUCCCCAGAAUGACCUGCUUGGUCACCCCAAGGCCAGAGCUUUCAUUACUCAUGGCGGCACAAAUGGUAUUUAUGAGGCCAUCUACCACGGUGUUCCCAUGGUGGGCAUCCCCAUGUUUGCUGACCAGCCAACAAACAUGGUCCAUAUGAAGGCUAAGGGAGCUGCACUCACUGUGGACUUAAACUUCAUGAAGACAGAGGACCUUAGAGAUGCCGUCAAUACUGUCAUCAAUGAUGAAUCGUACAAGGAGAGUGCCAUGCGGCUGUCCAGGAUCCACCAUGACAGACCCAUAAGUCCUCGGGAUGAGGCAAUAUACUGGAUCGAGUUCACCAUGAGAAACAAGGGUGCCGCACAUCUGCGAGUCCAAGCCCAUGAGCUCACCUGGUACCAGUAUCACAGCCUGGAUGUCCUGGCCUUCCUCCUCACCAUUGUUCUGCUCACCACACUCCUCUUCAUCAAGGCCUGCAGUUUCUGCUUGGGGAAGUGCUGUGGCAGAAAAGGAAAGACAAAAACUGAGUAGUGGAUUAAAAACUUAAAUAGUUGUCCUGUUGGUCU